UAUUCUAUUUUUCUUUUAUAUUAAUUCCUUGAUCUUGUAGGUGUAUUGAACUAUGCUGAAAUGGCAUUACCUUUCUAGUUUUUGUUGAUCUUGCAAGCACGUUGAUUGCUUUUAAGUGCUGGUGUGAUCUUUGUUUAUUAGUGAAUAACUGCAGAAUUUCAAAUCACAUAUUUCUGAUUGAGUAGUAUUUCUCUGGAGGCAGCUCAGUAUUUAGUUAUUGUUGAGUUAUCUAAGUUCCAGCACUGCUUUGGAGGAGAAGCCGCCCUCUGGAAUGUUAAUUUGUAGCUCUCUCUUACUACCAAUCUAGCAAAUCUGCGACAUCAUGGUUCUUCAUCGGAGUAGGCCAGCUUUUCUUCCCAAUGGUCCGACCGGCUCUCAUUAACCUUUCAGCAUCUCUACCUAAACUACUCUCCUACUCUUCAUUAUCCAAUUGUCAAUCUUGCGCUUCACCUUCAGCUAAACUGUCCUUUUCCCGUCUCUUCCAGGAGUGCUCGGAGCUUCGGAAACUGAGCACCGGGCGCCAAACUCAUUCUCAAAUGAUUACAUCUGGAUUCAUUCCGACCACCUUCGUAUCAAACUGCCUAAUUCAAAUGUACAUUCGGUGCAUAGAUUUGGACUCCGCCUGCAAAGUGUUCGACGAAAUGCCCGACAGGGAUGUCGUCUCAUGGAAUGCUAUAAUAUCUGGUUACGUGCAGACUGGUUUGAUGCGCGAGGCGCAGUGUCUGUUUAAAGCUAUGCCUGACUGUGAUGUUAUCUCAUGGAACUCCAUGAUUUCAGGGUACAUGCAAAAUGGAAACUUGAAUGAGUCUGUUGAACUUUUCUUGGAGAUGAUGAAAAUUGGCGUGGAACCAGAUCGCAUAACCUUUUCAAUUUUUCUUAAGUUGAUCUCUUCUUGGAAAGCAUAUGAGAUGGGUAUUCAAAUUCAUGGGCUCGCGCUUAAAAUGGCUUUAGCUUUGGAUGUGGUUACAGGAAGUGCUCUUGUUGACAUGUAUGCUAAGUGUGGAAGUUUGGGUGAUUCCCUUUGCUUCUUCCGUGAAAUGCCACAAAGGAAUUGGGUCACUUGGAGCGCCAUAAUUGGGGGUUGUGCUCAGAAUGAGCAAUUCAUGGAUGGGUUUGAUCUAUUUCUUGAGAUGCAAAGAGAAGGAAUAGGAGUGAGCCAAUCAUCCUAUGCAAGCCUCUUUCGAUCUUGUGCAGGGUUGCCUUGUUUAGAAGUUGGAAAACAGCUUCAUGGCCAUGCAAUGAAAAAUAAUUUCAUUUCGGAUGUGGUUGUUGGGACUGCUACUCUUGAUAUGUAUGCUAAAUGCGAUAGUUUGAGUGAUGCCAUGAGAAUGUUUUGGGAGCUUCCUAACCGUAGCCGGCAGACUUGUAACGCCAUGAUUGUUGGAUUUGGCAGGAAUGACCGAGGAAUUGAAGCUCUGAAAUUGUUUAAGUUCAUGAAUAUUUCAUGUAUUCUUGCGGAUGAAAUCAGCUUGUCUGCUGUGCUCAGUGCUUGUGCGGAAGCUAAAGCAUACUUGCAAGGCAUGCAAGUUCAUUGCUUGGCUAUCAAAACCAGCCAUAGCUUGAAUAUUUGUGUGAAGAAUGCUAUUUUGGACAUGUAUGGAAAGUGCAGAGCUCUGGUUAAUGGUUGUAAUGUCUUUGAAGAGAUGGAACAGAGAGAUUCGGUCUCCUGGAAUGUUAUCAUCACAGCCCUUGAACAGAAUGGACUUUAUGAAGAGACAUUUUCACAUUUAAAUCAAAUGCUGCUUUGCAGUUUAGAGCCUGAUGUUUUCACCUAUGGCAGUGUAGUUAAAGCUUGCGCAGCAUUACAGUCGCUGGAUUUUGGAAGGUUAAUCCAUGGCAGGAUAAUCAAAUCGUGGCUUGGUUCUGAUUCUUUUGUUGGAAGUGCUCUCAUUGACAUGUAUUGCAAGUGCGGAAUGUUGGAGGAAGCACAAGCACUCCAUGACAGGAUAGAGAGCCAAACCAUGGUGUCAUGGAAUGCCAUCAUCUCAGGGUUUUCCUUACAGAAAAAAAGUGAGGAAGCUCAGAAAUUCUUUAGUCAGAUGUUAGAACUGGGUCUCCAGCCUGAUAAUUUCACCUAUGCCACAAUUCUUGACACAUGUGCCAACCUAGCCAUGAUGGGCUUGGGAAAACAAAUCCAUUCUCAGUUGCUCAAGCAGGAGUUGCACAAAGAUGUGUUCAUAUCAAGUACUCUUGUGGACAUGUACUCUAAAUGUGGAAACAUGCAAGACGCUCUCCUGAUGUUUGAAAAAAUGCCAGAAAGAGACUUUGUUUCAUGGAACGCUAUAAUCUAUGGUUAUGCAAAUCAUGGACUUGGGUUUGAAGCACUAAGCAUGUUUGAGAGGAUGAAAAUGGAAAAUAUUACACCCAACCAUGCUACUUUCAUAGCGGUUCUUCGAGCUUGCGGGCAUGUCGGGUUGGUUGACGAAGGCCUUUGCUACUUCGAAUCCAUGAAUCAGGUCUACAAUUUAGAGCCUGAGCUGGAGCACUACUCUUGCAUGGUGAACCUUUUGGGACGUUCCAGAGGUGUGCAUGAAGCAUUGGAUGUUAUAAAUUAUAUGCCAUAUGAAGCUGAUGCAGUUAUAUGGAGGGCUCUUUUAAGUGCUUGCAAGAUCCACAGAAAUGUGGAGAUAGCAGAGCUAGCUUUGGAGAAAAUACUGCUUCUGGAACCUGACGAUUCUUCGGCUUGUAUUCUAUUAUCUAACAUAUAUGCAGAGGUUGGGAGAUGGGACCAAGUCUCAAGGAUGAGAAAAAUGAUGAGGCGAAGCUUGAUGAAAAAGGAACCUGGUUGUAGUUGGAUUGAAGUAAACAGUGAAAUGCAUGCUUUUAUUGUUGGAGACAUUUCUCACCCAUUGUCUGAGUUAAUAUUUAAGCUUCUAGAUAAUUUGAUUGGAGAGAUGAUCUUGGCUGGAUAUAAGGCUGUUGAACUUGAUGAGGCAACAACCAGUAUGGAGCAGCUAGUUGGCUAGAUUUCACCAUUGAUCCCAAGGUUACUUUUUGGUGCAUUCUCUGUUAGGUUUCGUUUGGGACGGCUUUCUUACUGCUUCUUAAAGCAGUUUUUUAGUUAAAAAAAUUUUAAUUUUUACAUUAGAAAGCUACUUUAAGAAGCAAUAAGAAAUUUGUCACAAACGAAACAUUAGUUUAUAUUGAUGUUCGAUGAAAAUUUGUUGUGAGAACAACAGAACUAGAAUUCUCUAAGAUAAGAUGGUGGUUGGCUUAGGUGGGAUUCCAGGCUUAUGUAACAGUUUAGGAUUUUGUAGAGGGCAUUCAUGUCAGGUUCUGUGCUCUUUUCAUUAAGGGUUAGUACUUUUUAUACAGAGUCUGAAAUUCAGACUGUUCUGGAUCAAUAAAUAGUCUGUGAAUAUCAAAUUUUUCCAUUCAAACUGUUUAA